AUGGACCCCCAGCUGCGACGUGCGCUCCAGUUCCGAGCUCGCGUAGAGGGAAUAUUCAACAAGCGGGAGGAGGACUUCGAGUCUAAGCAGGAGUAUGAUGACUACCUCGAAGAGCGAGAAGACAUCAUCUUCAAUCUCUCCGAGGGCAUCGAUGUCAAGGCCAACGAGGCCAGGGUGGAGGCGUACCGCCUGGCCAACGCCGACGCGAUUGCGGCCGCGGACGCGCGGCGUGCCGAGGAGGUACGCCGCGAGGCCGCGCUGGAGCUGAGCCGGGGGGACCCGGGCACGGGUCAGGGCGCUGUCAGCGGCACCGCGGCAGCCUUCGAGGGGGGCCGCGACGCUGAGCCCCACCAGGGCAUGGACUACACCGCGACCCUGCCGGCAGGCCUGCUCAACCACGAGCCUGGCCAGCCGCCCCCUGCGACUGCGGCGGGGCCCUUACCAGACAUGCUGGGCAUGCUCCGCGAUGGCGACAUCUCCCAUGCCGAUGCUCGGACGCCCAUGGACAAGGCGGCCUGGCAGGCCAUGGCCUCGGCCAGCGGCUGGACCCCAGAGUUUCUGCGGACAAAGUGCAGGGAGGAGGCCUUUGACAGCGUGCUCGUCUUCUAG